GUCGCUGUUAUUCGUGGAGACUCCAAGAUCUCCGGCACUGUCACCUUCGAGCAGGCCGACGAGAACACUGCCACCACCAUCUCGUGGAACAUCACUGGCCACGACGCCAACGCCGAGCGUGGCUUCCACGUCCACCAGUUCGGUGACAACACCAACGGCUGUACUUCCGCUGGCCCUCACUUCAACCCCUUCGGCAAGACCCACGGUGCCCCCGAGGAUGCCGACCGUCACGUCGGUGACCUGGGUAACUUCAAGACCGAUGCCGAGGGUAACGCCGUUGGCUCCAAGCAGGACAAGCUGGUGAAGCUCAUCGGUGCCGAGAGCGUCCUGGGCCGGACCCUGGUCGUUCACGCCGGUACCGAUGACCUCGGCCGUGGUGGCAACGAGGAGUCCAAGAAGACCGGUAAUGCUGGUGCUCGUCCCGCCUGCGGUAAGCCUGUCCCUUCCCAGACCGAUGGUCGAGGCCGACGCUGA